UCGAGGCAGGUGCAAGAAAAUAGGACGCUAGAAGGACGGGCCCCAUGAAAGAACUCGUGUUGUUGAGUAUUGCCCUAUGCUGCCUUCCCCGGUCCCACCUUGCAUUUCGUACGACCGGAGGACUUCAUGCCGUUUUGGGCGCCAGCGAGGUCGGGGCAGUGAGCGCCAGCCCGAAGACAUCAUUGUCAUGUGGCCGCUCACUGAAGCGACCGCGGACAGAUAUGAUGGCUUCGAAUUCCUUAGCGGCUGUGGAACGGCCUGUUGUCGAUGAGGUGGACGGGCAGGCGACGUGGGCGAAGGACUUCGAGCUUGACUUUCACGGCAAGGUCAUGCUGAAGGGCCUUCUCUUCUCCGAGACCCAGCAGCUCAUGGAGCACCUUGGAGAAAAGGCGGGCAGGGCGGAAGUCCUCGCGGGAUGGCUUUACCACGACAGGCGCCUAAUCCGAGACAUCGCCGAGACCACGGGUGGCGCCGGCGCCGGCGGCAGCACGGAGCCCGGGGGCGACGCGACGAACAACAAAACCAACAGAAGAGGCAGUUUAGUGAACUCCAAGAGCCGAAUCGGGAAGAAGACUAGGGACACUGUCCGAGAGGUCGCGACGGCUGAUGGGGGCCUUGAGCUAGAGGGCGUGCAGCUGGCGGCAGACGGUACGCGCAAGCUGGUGUCGGUGCUCACGUCGGGGGAAGGGGCCGGAAAGAAGGUUGAGACGGUCAUCAUCCCCAUGCUCAGAGGGCCUCAGAGGGAGCCGCGCUAUACGGUGUGCGUGUCUUCCCAGGUCGGCUGCGCCAUGAACUGCCAGUUCUGCUUCACGGGAAGGCUCGGGCUCAUGGCCAACCUGCAGGCGGCACAGGCGGAGCAAGUCCUGGUGGCCAAGCGCUACCUCGAGACCGUAGGAGACCCUAGCCCAGUCACCGGGGUGGUCUUUAUGGGCAUGGGCGAGCCUUUCGAUAACUUUGACAGAGUGAUGCGCGCGGUCAAAAUCCUGACUGAUCCUCGAGCCGGCGUGCGACUCAAGGCCAGCAGCGUCACGGUUUCCACGGUGGGGCUGGUCCCUCAGAUCGAGAGGUUCUGCAAGGACCCCGCCAACGGGGCGAGCCUUGCGAUUUCGCUCCACGCCGUCGUCGAUGAAGUCAGGGAUAAGCUCAUCCCAGUGAACCGGCGCUACCCGCUGGAACAACUUUCCGAGACGCUCAGGACGCACUUCCCCCGGAGUUCGAAGCCUGCGGCGGAUGAGCCCACGGGAGUGGCUCUUGACCACGCUUCGUCCGCGGCGGCUCCAGCACUAGGCCCGAAGGAUGUCGCAGUAGGUUCCGCUAGGAGAAAAUCAACGGCAGGGCCGGGGAGGGAGUGGGAGCAGGAGGCGAACCUACUGGCACCAAGAGAGGGCGCAGAGCGACGGCCGCCGUCGACCCCGACGGAGACGCAGCAGCGGCCACGAUCGCCGCCAGACGGCGGCGGGAGCAAGCGCGAGGGUCCUCGACGAAGCGGAAGAAGGAGAAGGCCACGGAUCCUGGCCGUGGAGUACACCCUCCUCGGCGGCGUUAACGACUCCCUCGAGGACGCCGCUCGACUGGCCGAGUGGCUGGAAGGGGUGGCUUGCGUGGUAAACCUGAUAACCUUCAACGCCCACGCGGGGACGCCGUUCUCGCCUUCGUCCCCGGAGGCGGCGGAGGCGUUUCGGCGGGCGCUGGCGACCCGGGGACAGCUGUGCACGUUCCGGGACAGCCGCGGGGAUGACGGGAUGGCGGCCUGCGGGCAGCUAGGCGGCGAGUCCAUGGCGGGGGGCGGGGAUCGCGCGAGAAAGCCUGUCCCCGUGACGUGGAAGUCAACCGAUACGCCCUCGACAGCGUCGUCCCGAAGCUUUGGAAUAUAGACUAGAUUGCCGCGUGCCCACGGCCGCUUCCCCAAUUGAUUUUUGUUCAUCCAGUGUGGGACCAGCAGCAACAACAGUGUGCACACAGCGGUCGCCCCAGUGGUCUAGUGG